AUGGCAGCCAUCGCCGCCGGCCAAGGGCGGGAAGCCCUUGUCCGAGCCAUUCGGUCCACGCCCAUCAUCGACAAUCAUGCGCACCCGCUGCUGAAACGCGACGCGCUGGGGCGACACCCGCUGCUGUCCAUCGCGACCGAGGCCCACGGCGAUGCUCUCCACACCAGCAAAGACGGCCUUGCGCACUACCGUGCCGUGAAGCAGCUCUCGGAGAUACUCGGAUGCGACCGGACGUGGGAAGCGGUCGCAGCCGCCAUCGAGCAACGGCGCCAGAGCGAUUACGAUGCGUGGAUUGCGACCUGUCUUUUCGGCAUUCAGUGCGUCUUGGUGGACGAUGGGCUCGACGGCACGGGCGAAGCGGAGCCGUACUCGCAUUUCGACAAGUUCACCUCGAGCGCCGCCAAAAGGAUUGUUCGGAUUGAGCAUGUUGCGGCCCCUCUGAUUGAGGCGGCCUGCACGACGUGCAACUCCGCCAAAGAGGCGUACCGGGAGUUUGGACGAACGUUUGAGCAGUCCAUCCUGCACGCCAUUUCGGAUCCCGAGGUUGUCGGCUUCAAGUCGGUCAUUUGCUACCGUACAGGCCUGGCCAUUCCACGGACGCCAAAUGCUGAGCAGGCAAUCUCCGCGUUUGAGGGGAUUUUCGAGCAACGCCGAGCGCCCGGCGCAGAGGCAUUCGCGCGUGUCGACCAUCCUGGCCUCAACGAACAUCUCGUGCACUUUGUUGCCGGCCUCGUGAAGACCAGCCACGGCAACAAGCCAAUCCAGUUUCACACCGGCCUUGGAGACAACGACAUUACGUUGACAACCUCGUCGCCCUCGCACCUCCAAGCCUUCAUCGAGGAAUAUCCCACGGUCCCGAUCGUCUUGCUGCAUUCGGGCUACCCCUUUGCCCGCGAGACGGGCUACCUGGCGGCCAUGUACGCCAACGUCCACGCCGACAUUGGCGAAGUCUUUCCGUUCCUCAGCAGGGACGGGCAGGAGAAUGUCGUGCGACACAUUCUAGAACUCUGCCCCGCGUCCAAGAUUCUGUGGAGUACCGACGGCCACUGGUUUCCCGAAACGUACUUUCUCGCCGUGACACAGAUGCGGGAGGUCUUUGAGACGGUGCUGUGCGACUAUGUUCACAAAGGCGAUCUGAGCUGGGCGCAAGCCAUACGUGUCGUCGAGGAUCUCCUGUUCCACAACGCCAACAGACUUUACAACCUAAAGCUGGAAAUGCACCCGCAGGCGUCUCCUGACUUGGUUGUACGGGGAACGACUCCUCCGUCAGCGAUUCUGCAACUGGACGACUCGGUUCAAUUCUUGCGCGUCUGUUGGAACGACAUGACGGCAACCCCGCGGAUGCGUGCCGUGCCCAUGCGCCGCGUACAAUCCCUGCUACAAGGCAAGGAAGGCCUUUCGUUUGGCAUUACGAAAGCCUGCUUGGGAAUGACGCAAACUGGUGCGCGGGCGUCAGGGGCCAGCGCCGUGGGGGAGUGGCGCCUGCAUCCCGACCUUGGCAGCCUCCGCGUCGGGCCGAGGGUUGGACACGCUACGGUCAUGGCCGACUUCAGAGAACAGGACGGCUCCGUCGUUCCGCUAUGUCCAAGGUCAGCGUUGCAGCGAGCGGCUCGAAUGGCGGCACUGGAGGGGCUGACGUUUGAGAUUGGCUUCGAGGUCGAGGUUGUUAUUCUGGGAGUCGCCGACUCCGGAUAUGAGCCGCUCAGAGGAGUCGGCCAUCAGUGGUGCAUUGCCCGCGCAAUGGAUCAUGAGGUUGUCGCGACAGUCAUUGAGACCGCGAUUGAGCAGUUGGAGGCGGCUGGCGUGUUCGUGGAGAUGGUGCAUGCCGAAAGCGCCAGUGGGCAAUACGAGAUUAUCCUGCCCAAGUCGACACCCCUCGAGGCCGUCGACACUCUUCUCUUUGCGCGCGAUGUCAUCUCCUGCUGCGCGACAGCGCGGGGAUACAAAGCCACUCUGCACCCCAAGCCCUUUGCCGACGACUGCGGAACGGGGGGCCACGUUCACAUGUCCAUCUCGUCACCUGGCGGCGAGAGCAAGGACGUCUACGAACCCUUUUACGCCGGUAUAUUGCAUCACCUCAAAGCGAUAGCCGCGUUUACCUAUAGCAACCCUGCGAGCUACGAGCGAGUGCGGGACGGGUGGUGGGCGGGCGGCACCUGGAUUACGUGGGGCACACAGAACCGAGAGGCGCCGCUGCGCAAGAUUGACGGGAGCCACUGGGAACUCAAGUGCGUCGAUGGACUGGCUAACCCGUACCUGGCCAUGUCAGCGAUCCUCCUGGCUGGGCUGGAUGGAGUGCGGAGCCAAACGCCCCUGAGAUGGAGUGACUGCACGGAGGAACCUCACACGCUCUCCGACGAGGAGAGGGAGCAGUUUGGGGUGACUGAAAAGUUUCCUGCCAGCCUCACAGAGGCUUUCGCUGCGCUUCGGAAGGAUACUACGCUGCGCGGCCUGCUCGGCGAGGAGCUGGUGGACAGGUACCUAGCGGUCAAGGAGAUUGAGACGGAGUUUCUCGGGACGAUGGACAGUGAAGCACGGAGACAAUGGCUCAUAGAACGGUAUUAG